AUGAGACGACUGGCUGCCACCGGCCUCUUGUCGCUGGUGCUGCUCGUCGUUGUACACCGCCACGCUGUCGACGCGAUCGAGAUAAAGCACGACUACAAGUUCAAAAACAAGAUAUCGGCGCUGCUGCAGAGGGUGGACAGCAGCGCCAGUGGUAGCGGUAGCAGUGGUAGUGUUAUUAGUGGUAAUAGUUAUAGUUCUACGACGCCGAGCACGACGACGACGACGACGACUUCACCGACGACAUCGAGGCAGGACGCAUCACUGGUCAACAUCACCUCGGUCAGUCCAGUCACAUCAGCAGCAGCAGCCGCAACGGCAGCAGCACUAAUCAGUGGAAAUUCCACGGAGGAUGCCGAAAAACCGGAAGAGCUUCCAGAGGCGCUGGAGCUGAGGUACACGAGGCCGGGACAAAAGUACCGAAUACGAAGACCCGCGAUCUCGCUGCCGACGAGGCGCGCCACGGAAAAUCGACGGAGUCCUUAUCAAGAUAAGAUUCGUCUGUCGUCCGGCAGGCCCGGAAGACGGCCCGGCGUCGUGCACGAUCCGAAGAGAGCACCGACCGACAGCGAGUGCACUUUCUUUUCGAAAACCGUCUGCUUGGAGGCUGCUGAUUAUCCCAUCGAGGCGAUAAUGCGAAGCAUACGCAACAACAAGGACAUGGUCUCGGCCCUGCUGACCGACUUCAAGAUCAAGGACUACAACAACAAUCUGCUGCGCGAGGACGACGAGGUCUUCUUGCCAACAGCGAGGCCCGGCCUGCUGGGCUCCUCCUCGUCGUCCUACAAGACGAGCUACGACCAUCAUCAUCAGGGCAGGUACCAUCGCGACAAGCCUAAUCUGUCGCUGUCGCCGUACGACAAUCGUUUCGAGAGCAACGAGAUCAAGAGAAAGUACGAGUCCUACAACGAGCCCUUGGACAACGUCGAGGAGGGCUUCACUUGUCCGUCGCAGGUGAAGUACGCCAAGCCGCAGCUGGCCAGGGCCGCGUCCGGCGUCUGGAAGUACAUCAUCAAUACCGACGAGCACACCCAGACGCUCAGGCUUGAGAAAUGCUCCACGCCGCGCCAGAGCUGCUCGUUCAUCUCGGAGAAUUAUCGCUCCACCUGCAUGCAAGUCUACAACUAUCAUCGUCUGUUGACCUGGGACUCGAAGCUCGGCCUGCACAUGGACAUAUUCAAGGUGCCGACCUGCUGCAGCUGCCACGUGCAGGGCUACACGGACAUCUUUCCGCCUCAUCAGACCGAUCCGCCGCUCAAGCCGCACGAGUCUUUCCCCGGUGUGGAUUUCGUCCAGAGCGAUCAUCAUCCGUUCGGCAAAGGAAGCAGCAGCAGUAGCACGAGAUACCACGGCAGCAACAGCAUCGACAACGCGGCGCUGAGCCUGUUCCGCGACCACUACAUCAACUCGGAUCCGGACGAGUUGCAGCUGCAGCACUCGAGCAGCGCCCGCAGGCCGAGCAUCGCUAAACCCCCGAGAACGAGGAGACCAUCUUCGUCCUCCUCCUCAUCAGCGUCUUCUUCCUCGUCUUCGAAAAUUCCGAGGCCGUUCGACAAGCUGCCGCAGCAGCACGCGCCGAACACGAGGGCGCCGGGCUACAAGGGCGGCCACAGGCCCUCGCACAGGCCCAAUCGGCCCUUUCGGAGAGAGUCCGCGCUACCGGAUACAUCGGAUUAUACAGAGAACGGCGGCAAUCUUACGCGCAACCGAUUUAGCCAAUCCUUAGAUCAGGACUCGCAGGAGCCGGGUCUGCGGCUGCAGAGCGGCUUCGACGAGGAGUACCAGGAGACCAAUCGCCGAAUCAAUUACAAUUACCAUCCGAUCCUGGACUUCUUCAAGCCCGAGGCGGCCAUGCUCAAGUCCGAGGAACCGAUCAGCACCGGCGGUAGCGGUGGUAGCGCAUCGCAAACGACCGGCGGCCAAGUGCAGCUGGCGACCAACGAGCAGCAGAACUCUUGGCAGCCUUUGUUCAAGUCCUAGGCAUUAUUAUUACCGAUUAUCAUCAUUAUCAUUAUUAUUAUCGUAUAACGCAUCGAUUUUAGCUCGAACGUACCUGAGAUCGUUGAUAAGAAACGAAUUUAUCCUUCUUUAUUUUUGUACCCGUACCAGUUCGCGCGUGACUCUGUUAUAAAAAAGAAAUCGAAAUUGAAAACGAAAGAAAAAAAAUUUAGUCCAUAUCACGGUUGACAUCAAUUCUGAAUUGGUGCAAGCAUAUCGGCAUCGUUGGCCGUUGUUUUCGACGCCGAAAUAUGCUCGUAAUUGCGUGCUAUAUACAUAUAAUGUUAUCGCUAUACAUCUGUAAGAAAGUUUAUACGUAUACACUUGGCUCGAAUUUAUUAAUGUUUAAUUAUCCCCUUUCUGUGUAUCAUUCAUUUGUAUAAAUGUUUUCUCUAUACAUAAUAUGCAUUAGUUCGAUUCGAAAAUUUGCAUACGUCGUUGUAUUAUAUUAUUUUUAUAUUGCCGCCUGCGCGCGGUUAUAAUAUACUACUUGUAAAAUCUAUUUAGGUACACAUUAUG